AUGGCUGAUGAAACCAAAUGUUUGAAUGAAAAUGGGGAACCUGCUCCUCCCAAAUCCGCCAAACAGCUCGCUAAAGAAGCAGCUAAACAAGCCAAGUUGGACAAGUUGAAGCAAAAGUUGGAUAAACAACAAAAUGCGGCCCCCAAAAAAGAAGAGAAAAAGGAAAAGAAAAAAGAAACUAAAGAAAUUGCUGUUUAUGAUAUUGCAACAUCAGAGGGUGAAAAAAAAGAUAUAUCAAAUCCUUUACCAGAUGCCUACAGUCCCCAGUAUGUUGAAGCUGCAUGGUACAGUUGGUGGGAAAAACAAAAAUUCUUCAAGCCUGAAUAUGGACAUGAAUCCAUAUUGAAGCCCAAUGAUAAAGGAAAAUUCACAAUUGUCAUACCACCACCCAAUGUAACAGGUUCACUUCAUUUGGGUCAUGCUCUCACCAAUGCUAUACAAGAUGCUAUUGUAAGAUGGCACAGAAUGAAGGGAGAGACCACUCUAUGGAAUCCUGGAUGUGAUCAUGCUGGCAUAGCCACACAGGUAGUAGUUGAGAAAAAGUUAUGGAGGGAAGAGAAGAAAACUAGACAUGAUAUUGGUAGAGAGAACUUUAUUCAGAAAGUAUGGAAAUGGAAGGAAGAGAAGGGUGUUAGGAUCUACCACCAACUUAAGAAAAUGGGGUCAUCAUAUGACUGGGACAGAGCAGCAUUCACAAUGGACCCUAAACUUUGUAGGGCUGUCACAGAAGCUUUCGUGAGAUUGCAUGAAGAUGGAACCAUUUAUAGGUCCAACCGUCUUGUUAAUUGGUCUUGUACCCUCAAGUCAGCUAUAUCUGAUAUAGAGGUUGACAAAAUGGAGCUUCCUGGAAGAACUUUCCUCUCCGUACCCGGGUACGAAGAGAAAAUCGAAUUCGGCGUUAUGGUACAUUUCGCGUACCGUGUAGAGGACUCUGACGAGAGGCUGAUAGUGGCGACCACUCGGGUCGAAACUAUGCUCGGAGAUACCGCCGUGGCAGUACACCCUGAUGACGAUCGCUACGAUCACUUGCAUGGUAAAUUCGUGGUACACCCGUUUUGCAACAGAAGGAUACCGAUUAUAGUGGACGACUUUGUGGAACUCGGUUUCGGUACUGGAGCGGUGAAGAUAACUCCGGCGCACGAUCCGAAUGAUUAUGAGGUCGGGAAGAGGCAUAAUCUUCCGUUUAUCACUAUUUUCGAUGAUGAAGGGAAUAUUUUCGGGGACUAUGGCAAGUUCACGGGAAUGAAGAGGUUCCAUGCAAGGAAGGCAAUUUUGGAGGAGCUGAAGGCCGUGGGUCUUUUUAUUGAAACUACCAACAACCCUAUGGUCGUACCAGUUUGUAGCCGCAGUAAAGAUAUUGUGGAGCCUAUGCUCAAACCACAAUGGUAUGUCAAGUGCGGAGAUAUGGCUGCAAAUGCCGUGAAAGCUGUGGAUUCUGGUGAAUUGAAAAUUAUUCCUGAGAUGCACGUGAAAACUUGGCAUCAUUGGAUGGAAGGUAUACGGGAUUGGUGUAUAUCCAGACAGUUGUGGUGGGGACACAGAAUCCCAGCAUAUUUUGUCACUGUGAAAAGCAAACCACAUGCGAAACUUUCUCCUGGGUCUGAAGAUGACGAAUAUUGGGUGUCCGGGAGAACGAAAGAAGAAGCCGUGCAAAAGGCGAUGAAGAAAUUCAACGUCGCAGAAAGUGACCUCGAGUUAGAGCAAGAUGGCGACGUGCUGGACACUUGGUUCUCUUCCGCGCUCUUUCCGUUUUCGAUUUUCGGCUGGCCCGAAAACACCGACGACCUGAAGGCUUUCUAUCCGACGUCUCUGCUCGAAACUGGCCAUGAUAUUUUGUUCUUCUGGGUGGCCAGGAUGGUCUUUUUGGGUCAGAAAUUGCUCGGGAAAUUGCCUUUCAAGGAAGUCUACCUGCACCCCAUCGUCCGCGACGCGCACGGCCGCAAAAUGAGCAAAUCCCUGGGCAACGUGGUGGACCCCAUGGACGUGAUCCACGGCAUCGCCCUCGAGGACCUCCACAAGCAGCUGCUCGACAGCAACUUGGACCCGAAGGAGGUCGAGAAGGCCGUGCUGGGGCAGAAGCAGGACUACCCGGACGGCAUCCCUGAGUGCGGCACGGACGCCCUGAGGUUCGCGCUGUGCGCCAUGUGCUCAGGGAGGGACAUCAACUUGGACAUUCUGCGCGUGCAGGGGUACAGGUUCUUCUGCAACAAGAUCUGGAAUGCCACUAGAUUUGCUCUCAGUUAUUUGGGUGGGGAUUUCAAGGCGCCUUCGGAUAACAGGCUGGUGGGAAACGAGAGUUUGAUCGAUUUGUGGAUGCUCAGCAGAUUGGCGACUGCUGUUACUGAUGCCAAUGGGGGUUUUGCUUCCUAUGAUUUUCCUUUGGUGACUACGGCCAUCUAUAAUGUGUGGCUGUAUGAGCUUUGUGAUGUUUAUUUGGAAUGCCUGAAGCCGGUAUUCAUGGGCGACGACGAGGAAGCCAAAGACACUGCCCGCACCACCCUGUACAGGGCCCUAGAGGUCGGGCUGCGCCUGUUGUCGCCCUUCAUGCCCUUCAUCACCGAGGAGCUGUACCAGCGGCUGCCGAGGCCCAGCGAGGCGGCCGAACGAGCGCCCAGCAUCGGCGUGGCUGCUUAUCCCGAUGCGAAAGAGUGUCGGUGGAAGAACGAGGAUAUCGAGGAUGAAGUGGAGUUCGUACAGAAAAUAGCGAAGAGCAUCAGGUCGGCCAGGAGCGACUAUAAUUUGCCGAAUAAAACGAAGACCGAGGCUUAUCUUCAAUGCAACGAUGAAGAAACUGCCGAAACGGUCCUCAACUAUAGUUCGGUGCUGCAAACUCUAGCUUACUGUUCGAAGACGCCAGUGAAUGAACAAGCACCAGACGGUUGCACUAUCAUAACCAUAUCGGACAAAUGCGAGGUCAAUUUGUUACUCAAAGGCCUUAUAGAUCCCAUCAAGGAAAUCGCGAAAAUACAGAAAAAGUUGGACUUUUUGCAAGGAACGAAGGAGAAGCUCAGCAAAGCAAUAAAUGCGCCAGACUAUGAGAGCAAAGUACCGCUGGAGGUACGGAAGGUGAAUGAAGACAAACUCGGCCAAACUAGUGUGGAGUUGACUCGACUGGAAUCUGCUCUUCAUUCUUUGAAACUAAUGUAA